AUGGUCAUUCAACAAGAUUCAGCAAGACUCGAGAGCUCUUCGGAGAGCCAAGCAAGCUUCACGAUCUCGUCAAGCUCUCAAACUCACAUACGUUCGGCAUCCGAAACGCGAUUGCACCUGAUUGCUCCACUCAGUGUCGACCAGCCUCUCCACAACCCAAGGUCUCAGGGGAAUGACAUGGAGCAGUCCUCUAGUCGUCCAAACUCGGCAAAUACUGGUACCCCACUGGACGCGAACCCGUUUAGGGCGCAAAUCAAUACAAUUGAGAAACUCAUCAACCCCCAAUUCCCUUCCUGGGCUUUAGCCAUCUUGAUCUUGUUUGCCAUCACGAGAGGUAUCCUCAUACUCAUCUGCGCAGCAAUCAUGGUGAUACCGCUAUGUAAGGGCCCUGAGAGCCGGAAGAAACACUGGUUUCUAUUUCGAAGGAUCCCGCAACUGGGUACGGUUUGGCGUGGGUGUAGUUUUUUUGAGGCAGUGAUCAUGUUUAAGCAUCCUUACUGA